ACAAUUCUAACCAAAUAGUUAGAGGUUUUGAGUCUGCCGCUCGUAGUGUUACAUGCAUGUUUUUGGCUUUGGUCAGGAAGUUUUCUGUGUCUAUGAAAGGAGUAGUGUGUGUUUGAGUGUGUGCGUGUUUGUGAGCUGUUUGUUUGCCUGCCAUGCCCUUGCCUGCGCCUGAUGUCCCGGCCUCUCAGAGGCUGGCACUGGACUGUCGUACCCUUCUGGACCAUCGCGUUGGCAAGGGGGUUUGUGGUUGUUGUGGGGCGCUCAGGCCUCGGUACAAGAGACUGGUGGACAACAUCUUCCCAGAAGACCCAGAGGAUGGGCUGGUGAAGGCCAACAUGGAGAAGCUGACAUUCUACGCCCUGUCAGCUCCAGAGAAGCUCGACCGUAUCGGAGCCUACCUGUCUGAGAGAUUGUCGAGGGAUGUGGCUCGACACAGAUACGGGUAUGUGUGCAUAGCAAUGGAAGCGCUGGACCAGCUACUGAUGGCCUGCCACUGUCAGAGCAUCAACCUCUUCGUGGAGAGUUUCCUCAAGAUGGUGCGCAAGCUGCUAGAGUCGGACAAGCCCAGCCUGCAGAUCCUAGGGACCAACUCUUUUGUGAAGUUUGCCAACAUAGAAGAGGAUACACCAUCGUACCACCGCAGUUAUGACUUCUUCGUGUCGCGCUUCAGUGAAAUGUGCCACUCUAGCUACGAGGACCCAGACAUCCGCACCAAGAUCCGCAUGGCAGGAAUCAAAGGCCUGCAGGGUGUUGUGAGGAAGACUGUGAAUGAUGAGCUGCAGGCCAACAUCUGGGACCCUCAGCACAUGGACAAGAUCGUCCCUUCUCUGCUUUUCAACCUGCAGAGUGGAGAGCGUACAGAGAGCCGCUCCCCCUCUCCGCUGCAGGCGUCGGAGAAGGAGAAGGAAAGCCCGGUGGAGCUGACGGAGCGCUGCUUCAGGGAGCUCCUGGGACGAGCCGCCUAUGGCAACAUCAAGAACGCCGUCACGCCCGUGCUCAUGCACUUAGAUAACCACUCUCUAUGGGAGGGCAAGACCUUUGCAGUGCGUUGCUUCAAAAUCAUUAUGUACUCCAUCCAGUCCCAGCACUCUCACUUGGUAAUCCAGCAGCUUCUCGGUCACUUGGACGCUAACAGCAAAAAUUCAGCCACAGUGCGAGCUGGGAUAGUGGAAGUUUUGCUGGAGGCAGCUGCAAUUGCGGCCAGUGGCUCUGUAGGUCCCACAGUGUUGGAGGUGUUCAACACCCUACUGCGGCAGCUCCGUCUGAGCGUCGACUACGAGUUGACCGGCUCCUAUGAGGGCAGCACCAACAUCGGCACCAAGAUCAUCAAAGCUCACGAGGAGAGGCAGCUGCAGGAAGCUGUCAUCAGGACCAUCGGUUCAUUUGCCAACACUCUACCAACAUACCAGAGGUCAGAGGUCAUGCUCUUCAUUAUGGGCAAGAUCCCUGUCCCUGGGGUUCACCCAGCUCUGUCCUCCACAGGCUCGGGGCCCGAGGGUACCAGGAUGAUCCAGGUUAUGCUACUGAAGUCCUUGGUUCAAGUGACGGCAGGUUUCCAGACCACCAACAUGCUGACAGCAUUGCCCAGCUCUUUCCUGGAGCCUCUGCUGUCCUUCUCUCUAACAGAGGAUCCAGAGAUCCGGCUGCUGGUGCUCCAAAUCCUUCUCAGUCUCAUCGACAGACACGACAACACACCCAAGUUCUCCAACAUAAGCAUCAUCUCAGACAUCUCUGUGCUCAAGCUCAAAGUCGACAAGUGUUCCAGACAGGACAACUUGUUCAUGAAAAAGCAUGGCCAGCAGUUGUAUCGACACAUAUACUUGGGCUGUAAGGAGCAGAGCAGCGGUCGGCAGCACUACGAGACCCUCUUCGCUCUGUUGGGUCUUCUCAGCGUGGAGCUGGCCAACGAAGAGGUGGUGGUGGACCUCAUUCGUCUGGCACUCGCCUUGCAGGACCUGGCUCUGUCAACUGACGAGGCUCUGCCUGUUUUUAACCGCUGUGCUGUUCACGCACUCGCCGCUGCCUACCUCAACCUCAUCUGCCAGCUCACCACCGUCCCAGCCUUCUGCCAACACAUACAUGAGGUAAUAGAGGUGCGACAGAAAGAAAGCACCUACCUUUUGCCUGAGGAUGUCUUCAUUGAUAAUCCCAAGCUGCCUUCUUCACUGGAGAAGGUAGAUGGGGGUGUUUUGUUCCUCCAGUCGAAGAUCACUGAGGUGCUUGGAGGGAGUGGUUAUAACACAGAGAGACUGGCUACGCCUUACGUUCCUCAGUACACUGACGAGGACCGUCUGUCCAAGAGGAAAAGCAUUGGGGAGACCAUCUCGCUGCAGGUGGAGGUUGAGUCCCGAAACAGUCCAGAGAAAGAGGAGAGGACACCCGCAGAGGAGAUCACAUUUGAAACACUGAAAAAUGCCAUCGUGGACAGUGUGGGUAUGGAGGAGCAGGAGAGGGAGCGGAGGAGACAAGUGGUGGAGAAGUUUCAGAAGGCCCCGUUUGAGGAGAUCGCUGCCCACUGCGGUGCCAGGGCCACACUACUGCAGAGCAAACUCAAUCAGAUCUUCGAGAUUACAAUCAGGCCUCCGCCCAGCCCAUCUGGAACCAUUUCAUCAGGUUACGGCCAAACCCAGAGUCGAUCUGUCCCCAUCUACGAGAUGAAGUUCCCUGACCUUUGCGUGUACUAGACCAGAAAAGUCACAGAACUAUUUAAACAUCUGAGUACAGGAAGAGGAUUUUUCUUUUCUUUUUUUCAGGGUGGGAAGGGGGCAACCGGUCGUCACUGUAACACUGUAAAAACAUCUCGACCAUAGAAUCAAACAACCACAGCGGAGGAAUUGACAGUUGUUUGAAACCGGCAAAAAAAAAAACGAGCUGCUUGUUGAUUAGCUGUCUGAAACAAUUCUUUCGCCCUGUGAUCACGGCCAAAAAAACAAGCUGGCUAAUGUCAAUAAGCGCAUUAGUACAAAUAAACUUUUAACUCACUCAUUCCCCUUAGUCUGUGGAAACUCCACCGGUUGGAUUUUCAGAGUAGAAAUUGCCAAGAACUGUGAGGAAGGAGUUAGCGACAGGCAGGCUGGAAGUUAUUUCAUUGGCUUUGAAAUUGCAUGUUCUGUAAACUGGACGUUUCUGAUAGCACUGCGAGUCUUUUGACCUGUUUGUCCCUUACAGGGUGCCAUACUACCCCUGAUCACAGGAUUCGAUUGAUCAGUAUUGCUUGUUUGUCAUUUUACGUUUUAAUUGUUAUAAUGAUUUUAUGGCCUGGACGGGUGUUGUCUGUUUAAAUGAACUUUGUCAGUACAUUUUUGUGUCUUGUCUGAUUGAAAUAUGAAUAGAUAUAUUCCUUACAAUCUCCCGUGUUGCUCUUGAACGUCUUGUCUUUAGUGUCUAAUGCUUUACUGUUUUUUUUGUUUUGCCUUUUUAGUGUUAGCCAAAAGUGCUUUUAAGUAAUUUAUUUUCUGUACUUAGUUUAUUUUUCUUUAUAAUAAUUAUUAUUGUUUUUAGCCGUGGUUUAAAUGAAAGAUGGCUGUCGAUCUGUGUGCUAUGCUCCCAAAGUGAGUGUGCCUUACAGGUGACUCAAGUUUAAAACACACACACUGCACCACAGUCACGUUGUCCACGCUAAACUUGUAGACGUGUUCAGCGUGACGUUUGCCAGAUCAAACACUAGAAGAUAAUUAAGGAUCUUUUAUUUUUCUCCUUUCCAUAUAAAUGUGUAUAUACAGAGAAAUAUAUUAGUCUUUAAGAUGAUGUACAGAGUAGGGAUGUUUUUGUGUGUGUACAUAUACUGUAUAUUCUAAUUUUAGACUGCCACUGCACUGAUUGUGUCUGUAGAUAAAGGAAGGAGCUACUUAGUUAGUAUUUAGAUACUUUUGUUAAAGUCUCGCAGUCGAAUAAGUAACAAGCGACACGUGAAAUCAAAAACGACAAGGGUCCGAACAACCCACGGUAGAAAUCUGCAUCGUCUCAAGGCCAGUAGAUCACACUAGUGAGAUGUAAAUGUGUCCUGCUGAAGUAUUAAAAAGCCCAUUUGAUAGAAUGUUUCUGACUUUUGAGACCGGUUUUAGCGCCACAGUAACGACCUGUAUUAUCAACACACCCAGAAUCUUUCUGAAAGCGAGUCUGCACGCUCGAGGGCUGUGCAUCCGUCUCGUUUGGUGAGAUUUAAACUAGUCUAAAAGCCAUUUUUUUUGGUGCAUGUGUGCAUACGCACACGCACACAGGUAUGAAAACAGAGUAUAAUGGCAAUAAUUUGGCACUCGCCUAGCUAACACGGCCCCAACCGUUGGUAGCACAUCCUUUUAUGUGUUUUUUAAAUUGUACCUUCUGUUGUUGUGGUGGUGCUGUGAUGGGUCAGUUUUGUGAUGCUGUUAAGAGGCCGCCGUCCCUCCCCGCUCCUGCGCUUUCUGUGACUUAAUUGCAUCAGGCGUGAAACACGUUGCAGCCCUUUUGUUUAACAACAAAGUCCAAUUUGUCCCAGAUUGUCACGUGUUACAGUCCUCUGUAUGUAUAUUUAUGUCCACACAUGCCCGUGUCUCAGAUUGUCUGCGCUUUUUGUCAGUGCAGAUGUGUGUGUGUGAGUGUGUCUAAAUGGAUAUUCAUGCAGAUGUGUCUUUAUCGUCAUUUACCCAAGACCAAACUCUUCAAACUCAGUUUACAGUUUUCGUCCAGUCCUCCACGUCGGUGAAGAGCAAGCUUUCAAAGAGCAAUGUGCAGCUGUCUAAACCUUCCAGUGACACCUUGUAAAAUUGUCUUUUCAGCAUCUUGCAACUUUGCAGUGAAGACCUGUAAAUCUACCAGUGUGCUUGUUGUCAUUGCAUAGCGUAAAAUGUAAUACUAACUGGCAGUAAUCCAAUACAAUUACUUUUGUCAUUACAUGUCUGGUUAAUAGAUCUGUUUACAAUGUAGUGCUGUAGGUCAAAUCCAUACAUUCUGUGAACUUUGCACUUUAAAAACUGGAUUACCUAGUGACAAAGGCAGCUUUUACAUGGAGAAAAUGCCUUAUGAGUGUCAUACCUGACUUUGCAUGCUAGUGAUGUUGCUGUGUUGUACAAUAAAUUUCUCUGUAACCACAAA